CACUGCAGUGCUCUACAGAUUUGGGAAGGUCGGCUCUACGGUGUGACGUCAGAAGGAGAAGCGGCCAUUAGGGCUCGGAAGCAGCGCGCGGAUAAAAGCCUCAGCAUCACGGCGCAGUCCGGAGCGGACACCAUGCACAGGAUCACGGGCUGAUCACGGGCUGAUCCCGGGAACCCCGUCCCUGUUAGCUGAACCAUGCCGCUGCCAGCCGAGAGGUAGCUCCAGGCCAGGAGAGAGAAGAGCAGCGCAGGGGUUUGGGACAGGACCCGAACAAGGGGCUGGAGACUGGAGAGGAAGCGCUCAGGACGACUCCAGUCCCAUGAACACAAACCGCAAGCCUUCACAAGUGUAGCUUUUCUUUCUGAAGGGAGAAGAGAGCAGCAAACUGCGGCUUGGCUUCCCUCUGAAUGUUCAUCUGCAGCACGCUGCCGAGAAAUGGGAGCUUUAACCAGCAGACAGAAUGCUGGAGUGGAGGAGGUGGACAUCCCAUCCAACUCCGUGUACAGAUAUCCACCCAAGAGCGGAAGCUACUUUGCCAGCCAUUUCAUCAUGGGAGGAGAAAAGUUUGAUUCGACGCAUCCUGAGGGCUACUUGUUUGGAGAGAACACAGACCUUAACUUCCUGGGAAACAGACCAGUUACAUUCCCAUAUACCGCCCCACCACCUCACGAGCCAGUGAAGACCCUCCGAAGUCUCGUUAACAUUCGAAAAGAUACUCUCCGACUAGUCAGAUGUAGCGAAGACAUGAAGUUGCCCGGGCAUGAGAUCGGAAAGAGCCGUAGUUGCUACAACAUUGAGUUCACCUUCGAUGCUGAUACACAAGUUGCCAUCACUAUUUACUACCAAGCCAUUGAGGAAUUCCACAAUGGUGUGCCAGUAUACCUGCCACAGGACAGCUCUCUGAAAUCAGAGACGGUGCAUUUUAAGAGAGGCGUCUGCCAGCAGUUCUGCUUGCCCUCGCAUUCUGUCAACUUGUCCGAGUGGUCAGACGAGGAGCUUUUAUUCGAGAUGGAUAAAGAAGUAUUCCCCAUGGUGGUUCAGGCGGUGGUGGAUGAAGGAGAUGAACAUUUAGGCCAUGCUCACAUUCUUCUCGCCACCUUUGAGAAGCACAUGGAUGGCAGCUACUGUGUGAAACCUCUGAAGCAGAAGCAAGUGGUGGAUGGUGUUAGUUACCUACUUCAGGAGAUUUAUGGCAUAGAAAACAAAUACAACAGCCAGGAAUCUAAAGUGGCUGAUGAUGAGAUCAGCGACAACAGUGCGGAGUGUGUAGUGUGUCUGUCUGAUGUGCGCGACACACUCAUCCUUCCCUGCAGACACCUGUGCUUGUGCAACGCCUGCGCAGACACUCUGCGCUACCAAGCCAACUGCUGCCCGAUCUGCCGCCUGCCAUUUCGAGCUCUGCUGCAGAUCCGAGCCUUGAGGAGGAAGCUAAGUCCCAUUUCCACUACCGGCUUCAAUCCAGCCAUCACCUCCCAGUCCUCAGACUCUGAGGAGCAUUCGGCGGCUGAACACAUUCCCCAGGGAUUCGAGGCCGUGUCUCUUUUAGAGGCUCUAAACGGCCCGCUGAACCCCUCACCAUGCGCUCCUGCACUGCACGGCCUGACAAAAGCUCACGUCUCUGGACCUCUGCCUGCGUACGGCACUGCGAGUCAUCACACAGCCACACACUCGCUUUCUCACUUAGAGCACUCCAUCACCUCCAGCCAAGGCCUCAAGGUCAAGAAGAGCAGCUCCAAGUCUCUCUCCCAGAAUUCCCAGAACUCCUCAGUGCUGCCUGAGGAGGAGGAUGAGAAGUCAUGCAGUGAGUCAGAGGCUCAGGUGUGCAGGAGGAAACUGCCUGUGAACCAGCAAGAGUGUGGCAUGACCCCUGAAAGCGACAAUCUCACCCUGUCCUCAUGCGGAGCGAUAGAGCAGUCCUCGUGUAGCGGCACCCCACUGUCCUCCACCAUCACCUCACCUGAAGACCCAGUGAGCAGCAGUUUGGCUCAGUCUGUCAUGUCCAUGGCGUCUUCACAGAGUCAGAACUCUCGCAUCAGCACCGACACGCUCUCCUCCAUGUCCGGCUCCUACCUGCCGGGAGCCGAGGGGGACGAACACCACCAGAACACACCCGAGAGCCGGCCAGCCUCCCAGCAGGAGGGUGAGAAAACCCCCAGCGAGUUGCAUGACCACAGAUUCAUGGUAGCAGUAGUUGAAGAGCAGGAUUCAGAGGGAAACGAUGUCACUGAGGAGGACUGUGCAUCUCCUACUAAAGAGCAGGGUGGGCGCAGGAGGAGUGAGGUGCCUUGUCCAGAGUUUGACAAUAACAAUCAGGGGCGGUCUGACACCCACUGUGUGACAGGCCUGGACAAUGAACAGGCUCCUGAUGGCCAAUUCGCUGAGCUGCUCUACCUGGAAGCCAACUGGCAUUCCCAGGAGUCUCUGCUUCAGCAUGCCUCUAACAGCAACAUCAAUCUGGAUGAGAAGAGUGUCACCAACAUGGGGACGAGCCCGAAAAACACACCAAAAACAUGCCACGGACCGCUAGCUGUGUAAAAGGCAUCCCUCCAGCAUCUGACUCCCAUGCCAACUCCUCAUCUCACCCUCUGAUCUAAAAAAACCAGAACAGUUUGUUUCUCAAAUCUCAAAUAAGAGUGCUAUUCAGCAGUGGCUUUCUCUUCAACCUUCACUCUGCUCCUUUACCAAUGCAUGUGGAGAAACACUCCUGAUGAACAGACCAGUGGGUUUGAUUAAAAUGGCCUCAUGAAUGUCUGACUCAAAUAGGAGUUCUGACUUUCCGGUUAAGUAUUAAUUAGUGUUUAAACCACAGGAACUUAGUCACUUUAGGCGCAUUUCCACCAGAGCAAGCAAGAGCAAAUGAAGUCCUGGGCUGGAUUUUAGUUCCAAGAACGUUUUUUGUUCCUGGAGCUAUUUCCAUACUUGGACCAGAAAGCAUCACAAAGUCUUAAUUAGUAGACUAUUGGACAGUGUUUAAUGUAAUUGUUGUUCUGUGAAUAACCAAUUCACUCAAAAAUUUACAAUUACUAAAACAUCAGAGUGGUUAAGUUGAGUCUGUUGAGUCAAAAAAAUUGCAGGAAUUACAGUAAUAUAUUUUGUACAUGCUUCCAGUGGCCUGCUACACACACCACCCUAAAGGUGCAGUUUGUAAUUUUAAAAAGUGUUUGUAUCCCUAUAAUAUACACAUAAUUUCAAAGACACAAUAGAAAAACUGUCAUUUGCAAUAUUUUCAUGCAAUGAAUCCGAUUUUCUUUUCUUUUCUUUUUUUUUAACUUUCGGGGUUCUAUUUACAUUUUUCCAGCCCAGAAAUGAGCUCCGCCCUCAGCUGCAACAGAGCUGCUCAGGUAUACCCCCCUUUUCCUUAAAAGGCAACUCAGUAUAUUUUCAGGAGAGGGAAAGGCUUAUGAGUGUUGUCAUUGUAAAAGCAAUACACCUUACAUUCAGCAGAGGGCUGUAAAAAUUACAAACUGCUGCUUUAAUCCUAAUAUAUAACUUUUUUCUGUAGUAUGGAAAUGCGUCUAUUGUCACUUACACUGUUUUUUUAGUCGAAGCACCUGGAAGAUCUAAGGCUAAACCACAUUUAAAAAAAAAAAAACACGAAUACGUGAACUAACUAAACGUUUGCAUGCACAGAUAAUCCUUUCUUAAUCCACUUGCACUCCAGAGUAUUCAGUGUUUGAAUGUCAGUAUCAAAGUUUGCACUUCCUUUAUCACUGCGACAGGUGUAGCAAACAGAAGGUGGAUUUUACAAUCCAAUUCGCUUGCUCGUUCACAUCAGAAACUGGACUUUAGAGCAAUAACACAUCCUCACUGAGCUGCUCUUACCAUCGUGCAUGUUACAAAGCCACAAAAUCACCUAAAGCUACAAAGCUGCCUCACCUGACGUCUACAUCCGACUGAACAAAUCAGUGCCAGUGGAGAAGAAAUCUGCCACCACCAUCAUAUAUCACAGAGAUAACGCUUUGAAUAUCACAACGGUACAAUCAUAUCUGUUUACUGAUUAAGCGUUAGCUUGUUUCUGGAUGGCUACAUUUCACAUAUUACAGGGAGCAGAUUGUAGAAAACUGCACGAGGGAUUUGCCAAGCAAAAGUGCCAGUGUGACUUUGGCAUGCCAGGUCAUAUGAUGUUUUUUUUGCAUUCCACAUGACAAUGGGUGCACUGUACUAUAUAAGAUCCUAAAGAAGUGUUUACUGAUUCAGAAAAUAAAAAUGUGCCACACGCUUGUCAGUGUUAGAUAGACAAUUCAGACUUACAUUUUCUAUUGUAUUUUUCAAACAGAAUUGACUUCCAUCUUUUUUUUUCUGCUGAAUUAGCUAUGACUUGUUCAGUAAUCCUUAACUGGGUCACUGGAAGGUUAUGGGUUCAAAUCCCAAACCUCUUGUUACGGCUCAGUGCAGUAACAAAUCUGUGAUCCUACAUUUUGUCAGUAUCUCCAUAACCAAAUGACCUGUACUAUAAUUAGGUACCAGUGCUAAAUAAGGUUCCCCGUCUUACCAAGGUACUAAAAGUGCUCAACAGGGUCAUAUGUUUGGAGCUAGUUAUAGUGCAGGCCUUUGAUUGGCUCAAAUGUAAUCAUAGUCAUAAUUUGUCACUUAAGUUCAGCAUGCUAAAUAGUAUUCCAAAAAAAAUUACAUCAUGAUUUCUUACUUUGUAUAUAGCGGAGUAAUGUUUUGGAUGAUAGAGAUCUGAUUACAUUCUCAAUGAGUAUAAUGGAAAUCCGGAAAGUUUGUUUGGCUGCUUUAGGUUUCUUCACGUAAACCAAACGCUGAGUAAAACGUAAAUCAGUCCUUAAAGUUCACAAACUUCAGAAAACUCCAUUUACUUUCGUAGGUACUAGGGAUGCACCAUAAUACAAUGCCACUAUCUGUAUCGGUAUCUAUUUAGGGCUCAAAAUAUCCGUAUCUGUAUCUGUAUUCGGAUUUAAACCUGAAGUGGGUGUGGCCUAAACCAGAAGUUUUUUUUUCCUUGUUUCUAAAAGUUUUUUGACAUUUUCUAACAUAUUAAGUUGGCUGUAUUUUCCAAAAUAUGAACAAACUAGAAGCGUAAUUUAAACUGCAGUAAAUGCAUCGUUGUAAAUGUAUUGUUCACGUUCACAUUAAUGAAUGUGGUCUUUCUUUUUCCCGCAAGCUUCAUAUUUGUCCACUCGCAUGAAAAUCUAGUCUCAACCAGAUGCCCUGCAUAGCUUUCUGGCAAGCUUUCUAAAAAAAUAAAAACUAAUAGUGCCCCUCUUUUUUAUCUCUUUUAUUUGUAUCUGUUUAGAACAAAUGAUCUGUUCAUUCAGAAUAAUGUAUUCGUAUUUGGUUACAUCCCUUCUAGGUCCUGUUGGGCGGAGGUACUUCACAAGCGUUCUGAACACACUCUCAGGAAAACUACUAAACUGAAUAUGUCCUUGUCACUCAAGAAUACAUCUUUAAAAAAAAAAAAAAUCCUCUAAAGGUACAUAUUAUUCACAUAUCACCUGGCUAUUUGAAUAAUAUAUACCUUUAAAGGAUUUAAGGUACAUAAUUGGAUAUUUAAAAAGCUUUAAAUAUACACUCCAUGCACUUUUCUAGGUAAAAGAUACACACUAAAGGUACAUUUGGAAUGAGAUUAGAAAGGAUACUGUGCUGUGUCAUACCGUCUGGUGAUAAAAUGUUAAACUUUAGCCUCUCACUUUCUUAGCUAGGGACACACUUUGGAUUUGCCAAAUGAAUAAAUGUAAAUGACCCAUAAUCUAAUAUCUGAGCCCAUUGUCAACAACAACUCUGGACAGGAUUUUGAAUUUAAUCAUAUUUAUGAUCUCUCUUUGAGAAAAAAAAAAUGUCCCGUUUUGAUUUUAUAUUAGUUAGCACUUGUUAUCGUUGUGAAAUGCUAGGUCGCCAGUUUAUUACCGAUAUCAAUCUAGUAACUAAUAAACUAGCAACUCAGUUGUGUCAGAUGUGUUCAAUGGAAUAUUAAUAACGAUGUGAUGUUAUAAAAAUCAUUUCUACAAAAUAAGCUUUUACGUCCAUUUGUUUGUUUGUUUUCCUUAGACCACAAAUCUGUGGUGCAUGUAACACUAGCCUGGUGGUCUACAUGUGUUAUUUAAAGAAGUGUACAUUUGCGGUAGAUAUUUACAGUUUACAGUAGCCCCUGCAACAUCAGUACAGAAGGUCACACAGAUGACGCAGGUCUACGGGUUUAGCCGAAUUUGUCCUUGAAUGCAAUAGACGUGUAGCUGUGCAGUGAAGUUAUAUCUGUCGAAUAGAGGUUUGGUCUCCGAGAACACUCCAGACGUUGCAUUGUGUUAGAGACGGCUUCCAUCUUAAACACAUACGAAGCAAUGAUUCAUUUAGACUUUUGUUCUGUCUUAUUGUCACUUUGCACCCAUCGGAGCAAUUACUGUGAUCCACAGUAGAAGAGAUGAACUGAGUCUAUACACUGAUCACUUUUAUAAAAAUGAAACCUACAAAAACAAUAAACAUGGCUUUCUAACAAAUAUA